AUGGAGGUUCCUGUAAAGAAUACCAUGCUGGACACCGCGCACCGAUGGUGCAAGUGGCAUGUUCUAAUGAAGGCUAAAGAGUCGCUCGAAGCACUAUACACGAAAAAUAAUGUGUUCCGUGCAGAGUUCCACAAAGUGGUCAAUGACAUGAUAACAAUUGAAGAGUUUGAGGAGGCGUGGCGCUUUCUCAUUGAGAAGUACAACCUUAGGACACAUCCAUACAUGACCAAGAUAUACAAGAUAAGGCACAAGUGGGCGAAGCCUUAUUUCAAAAGUGUUUUCUGUGUAAAGAUGACGAGCACGCAGAGGAGUGAGAGCGCGAACCACAUGCUGAAAAACUAUGUACCACCUGGGUGCCCAAUGCAUUUAUUCGUGAAUAAAUACAUGAGACUUCAGUUCGACCGUGAAUCAGAAGAGAAUUACGAGGAUAAGAGAACCAGAAUUGGGAGGCCGCUGAUGAGUGCCAACUUGGCUAUCGAGCGGCAUGCUGCAGAGAUCUACACACAAGCUAUGUUCGAGCAAUUUGGACAUAUACUAUACGAGUCCGGCGCAUACCAAGUUGAAGAAGUGGAGAAGAACAAAUUGUAUGUUGCGACACACACCAAGCCGGAACGCAGGGAGAAAUGGCGCAAGGUUAGGAAGCAGCUGCUGGAUUGUUUGUCAUCUCUUCGUGCUGUGUCGUUGAAUGCAUGA